CUCCCAAUGCUCCUGAAUCGAUUAAACGCGGUGGCACAAUAUCUUCCAGUAUGACUUGCGCUGCCAAAGUUUACUGAGUAACAGCCAUCAGCACGACCCCGUCUGUGCGCCAAGAUUACGCUGGUUGCCAUUAUUUCCUUCAAAUACCCGGAGCACAGGGACAACGACGCGGGACCGUUUUUCUAAGGCUUCAGCUGUCCUCACCUUCUCGCCUCUGUCCGUCCUUCAGUCUAAAUUUGGAGAAUGGAGCCAAAUUUGGUAGAAAUCUUCAAGGAAGACAAAUGCCUGUCGUCUUUAGUGGAAGAGUGUCUAUCCAACUCUUCUCUGCCCGACACGCGCAACUUGACGCAUAACAACAGCGGCAGCUGGGCGCACGAGCCCAUGUCCCCAAUUAUACCGGUAAUCACGGCAGUCUAUUCCGUGGUUUUUGUGGUGGGACUGGUGGGCAACUGCCUCGUCAUGUACGUCAUUAUCAGGUACACCAAGAUGAAGACGGCCACUAACAUUUACAUCUUCAAUCUGGCCCUGGCCGAUGCUUUGGUGACCACUACCAUGCCCUUCCAGAAUGCAGACUAUCUGCUCCACUCUUGGCCCUUUGGUGAGGUGGUGUGCAAGGUCUUCAUCUCCAUUGACUACUACAACAUGUUCACCAGUAUUCUAACCCUCACCAUGAUGAGCGUGGAUCGCUAUGUGGCCGUGUGCCACCCAGUGAAGGCACUAGACUUCCGCACCCCACUUAAAGCCAAGGGCAUCAACGUGGGCAUUUGGGUGCUCUCUUCAGCUGCCGGGGUGCCCGCCAUGGUGCUCGGAGGUACCCAAACCAAUAAUGGGACCACCGAGUGCGCCCUGCAGUUCCCUGAGCCGUAUGAGUACUGGGACAGGGUGAUGAAGCUGUGCGUGUUUGUUCUGGCCUUCGUGGUGCCCGUCCUAAUCAUCACUGUCUGCUACUCGCUGAUGAUUCUGCGCCUGCGCAGCGUGCGCAUGCUCUCCGGCUCGCGAGAGAAGGACCGCAACUUGCGGCGCAUCACACGCCUGGUGAUGGUGGUGGUGCUGGUGUUCGUGGUGUGCUGGAUGCCCAUCCACAUCUUUAUCCUGGUCAAGGCUCUGAUGGUCGUGCCAGAGACCACGCCUGUCAUGGCCGCCUACUUUUUCUGUGUGGCCCUGGGCUACACCAACAGCAGCCUCAACCCCGUGCUCUACGCCUUCCUGGAUGAGAACUUCAAGCGCUGCUUCAAGGACUUUUGCUUCCCCAUGCGCGGGGGCAGGGGCAGAUCUGGGCGUCAGGCCAGGGGGAACAGCAGGGAGGGAGAGCCUGGGGUGCGUCAGCUCCCCCGCCCCGCUGAGAGCCCACCACGGACCGCCAAGCCGGCCUGACUAGCCGUGGAACUGUCCUCCAUCACACAGGCUGGGAAGGAGGACUCUCAUGAUUUAGGAUUGACUCAGGUCACAUCAGCCCUGUGACGACUUCAGAAAAACCCUCCCUCAUAAUAACGCCUGCUGGACAUCCAAAGUGAACCCUCUCAUUUUGUUCUCAGACACAGCAAAAGGGAGGAAACUGUCACCGACAUCCUGUCAUUGUCAUAAUUGGUUGUUCAAAAUAUUUUUUUCUCAACUGUGGUUUACUCAUUCUUCAGA